CUCUGCGAUGAACACGACGCUCUUACCAUCCGUAGCUCCCUCUCCGAAGACGCUCAAAAGAAAGGGAUCGACGAGAAGACGCGCCCCCUCUCAUAUACCUCCACCUCAAUCUCAGGAAACUCACGACGCUGCCUUACAUGCCAUUCGUAACCUCCUCAAAGGAAGAACUUCUUACGAUGCAUUCCCUGUUAGCUUCAGGCUCAUAGUCCUUGACACUAAAUUGAAUGUCAAAAAAGCUUUACAAUGUUUGCUUCUCAAUGGUGUGGUCUCUGCACCAUUAUGGAACAGCGAGAAGUCAAAGUUUGCUGGGAUGCUUACAGUCUUAGAUAUAAUACAUCUCAUUCAAUAUUAUUACGACACAGCAAAUUAUGAAGCUGCUGCAGCAGACGUGGAGACCUUUAGGCUAGAAUCAAUACGAGAUAUCGAGAGGAGCCUUGGUGUAGCCACCCCUCCAAUGCUAGCAGAACAUCCAAAUAGUACCCUUUACAAGGCUGCCAGAGUCUUAAUUCAAACGCAUGCUCGCCGAUUACCUCUCCUCGAUUAUGAUACAGAAACAGGUCACGAAGUCAUCGUUUCGGUCCUCACACAGUAUAGACUUCUCAAAUUUAUCUCUAUAAAUUGCACGAGAGAGAUUCAGCAACUCCAUCUCUCGCUCCGGAAACUCAAGAUCGGUACCUAUGUUUCAUCAAAUCCACCGCCCCCAGACCCGGAAAACCCGGAAACUCAGAAUCCAUAUUAUCCGAUCGCAACCGCCACGCUCGAUACCCCUGUAUUUGACGUCGUCCAUAUGUUUUCUGAGCGUGCCAUAUCUGCAGUCCCUAUCAUCGACCAGGACGGCGUUGUCGUGAAUCUGUACGAAACAGUAGAUGUGAUCACUCUUGUGCGUCUAGGAGCGUAUCAAUCCCUUGACCUUACGAUAUCAGAGGCCCUUAACCAACGCUCUCCGGACUUCCCGGGAGUUGUCAUUUGUACAGCUGGCGAUUCGCUGGGAACACUACUGGAGCUAAUCAAGAAACGUAGAGUCCACCGACUUGUCGUCGUGGAAGGAGAUGAGGAGGAGAAGAAAGGCGGAAAGAAAGGACGCCUGCUUGGCAUAAUCACACUGAGCGACGUUCUUCGGUACGUUAUCGGUGAGGUGGGUAUCGGCGAGUCAGUUGAGGAGAUUGCGACCCUGUCCGCUGCUCCAAGCACACUGCUCUCUCCAGAUGUUAUUUCAUGAUGAUGGCGCAGAGUCAGUGGAAUGAGGGGUUCGUCGCAGAGUUUCAGGUUUUCGUUAUCUUAUGUGCUUUCAAAUUCUCAGUUAGCUGGAUCUGACUAGCAAUUGUAUGUUUUGCAUGAUCUGUACCCGUAGAUGUCAUAGGUUAUACAAUAAUGUUGCCAUC